UUCCCUUGCAGUAAUAAAGUAAAAAGUAAAACCCACUGAGGGGAUAAAAAGGAACUGUUUCUGACAACCAGGAUAGACGCAAAGUGAAUUAUCUUCUCUUCAUCUUCAAGCUCCAGAAUAGACUCCAACAGUAUGAAUCAUAUUUUAAGGAUACCAGGAGUGGGAAAAGGCAAAAAGCUGCACAUAUGACAUCACAUUUCAUCCUUCAUUUUCUCCAUUUCAGUUGUAGUCAGAGCAAAGUGGACCAGCAAAAAAAAAGUGGAUUGAAGAAGGGCAUUUUAUUAUGCAAUCACUUGUCUCAUUCAUGGAAUUGUUACCCUUAGUAGAUUCUCAUUUUUUUUCAUGCCAUUUUUCUUUUCCCUAUCCCACAGAAAAUCUGUUAGAUAGGAAGGAAAGAGGAAACAAUUGGUGAAGUAAAAGGAGAAGAAGAAUAUUUAAGAUAUUAUUUGUUGGAAAAAUUAGAACAAAUAGAAGAUCUCAUUCUGAAAAUAAUUAUUAAAUUACUAUAAGCCUAAUGAUGGAUUGGCUGCUGUGCGUUGUAUCAUUUCUUCUAGAAAUAUGUACUUCUGACCAUGUCUGCAGCCCACCUGAAAUUGAUUUUGGAAAGACUGAAAUGAAUAAACAAAAGGAAUAUCUGGAAAAUGACAGAAUACAGUAUAAGUGCCACCCUGGAUAUGAUCUGGAAGGGUCUGACUGGAUAACAUGUAAAGCAGAAGGUUGGAUACCUCCACCAAAGUGUUUUGCACCCUGUAUUCUCACAAAACAGCAGCUGGGUGACAGAAAUCUUCUUUUGAAUGGUGGACAACGACAUUCAGAAUGGAUAAGAAAUGGGCAUACAAUAGAAUUUACAUGCAGGAAAGGAUAUUUCAUUGUAUCUCCUUCUAUCAGAAAGUGUGUUGAUGGGAAUUUAACUUUACCUUCCUGUAAUCCUUCUGUCAUUUGCACUGCUCCACAAAUAGAAAAUGGUAGCUUUUUUCCUCUGUGGACUCGUUACAACAUUGAAGACAUAAUCUAUACAACAUGUAAACCAGGAUAUAUGCUUGAAAGUCAUAAAAAUUCCUCUAAAUGCACCAAAGAUGGCUGGUCGCCAUAUCCAAAAUGUGUCAGAAAACAGUGUGACUUUCCUCAUAUAGAGAAUGGAGCACUAUCCUGGUCCAACAUAUAUUAUAGUGAUGUCUCUUUUCCCAAAAAAGUGGGACAAAUAAUUGGUUUCAAAUGUAAUCAUGGUUUUCUGCCAAGAAAUAAAAAACAUUGGGAUAGAAUCAAAUGCACUAAUUUUGGCUGGGAUCCAGAACCACGAUGUUAUAAACAGUGCAUUCCUCCUAAAAACUUGCCACAUGGUCAUGUGACUUAUAACUAUGGGAGUACUUUCAUAGACGGUGAUGAGAUUUCAUUUAAUUGCGAUAUGGGGUAUUAUCCUGAACACCAUUUACCAAUAGCCACAUGCAGAAAUAAUGACUGGUUUCCCACUCUGAAUUGUGUUUCUGCAGAUAUUCAUCCAUCAACUGGGUGAAAGACAGUUCACCCUUCUCCUCUUUCUUCUCCAAACACUCUAGAAAAAUGAGAGUACCAGCCUGCUCUUUCUAAUUCUAUUAGCAUGAUUUUGAUAGCUUAUUAUAUAGAUGCCAUAUGCAGAAUCCUACUGGAGAAAGAUUCAACUUUAAAAGAUUAGUCACUCCUGUAUAAUAAACUCAAGGCAAUCCAUGGUUUAUAAAUCUGAGAUAUACAGCACAGAAGCUACAACUUACAACAAAUAGGUCCUAGAUGCAUUGAUCCUUUGUAUCAUCGAUUUGUAUCUUUAUUUACUGCUUUCUCUUUGUUUUAAUAAUAACUGAAUUCACUGAAGUGCUUUCAAAUGUAUUAAAUCAUCUUUAUUUUGUGCCGUUUUGGUUACAUAAAGAAAUAACCAGCUUUGGAUUUUAGAUUUUUAUCAAUGGACCAAAAUGUUAUAAUGCCUUUUUCUAAUUAAUGAAUCUCCUGGAACGUUUAUUAAAUGUCCUAUAUCAAUAUAUGCAUUUCUCUUCUGUAAUUAUAGAUAAUCUAGUCUACAUAUAAGGUACUUGCUGUUAUUCCUAUUAAGCACGUGUGAGCAUUCUGCCAAAUAUUCGCUUGAAAUAAUGGUGAGCUCUAAGCACAAUUUUAUUUGUAAAAUAAAACCAGGACUCUGUAGAACUCCUGCAGUGAAUGUUUUAUUCCAUUCUCAUCCGAAAGAUGACUUUACAAAAGCUGAAUUACAGAAUAGUAUAACCUAUGCCAUUUUUCCCACCUCCAAUUCUACAGAUUCAUAUAAAUGAAGAAGAAGGUUUUAGUAGGUGAACUUUACCAGCAUUUAAAUAAUACUGAUAUACAGAUUCUCAUCUGUUUUUAUAUUAUGUGUAUUUAGAUAUACAGACACAAUUGUUAAUUUGUCUUGUGAGAAACAGAUAUAUUUUCUGAAAUAAAUAUGUUAAAAACAGC